AUCACUAACGUCGAAAAUACGUAAUUAAAAAAAAAUUGUACAACUGCGGCGAUCAUAUGUCAGGGUGGUCGUAAGUCAGGUAGGUCAUAAGUCAAGGAGUACCUGUACUGUAUAUGCAGUACUGUACCAGGGAAGAAAUAGUUAAAAGAAAAACAUUUCAUUUCACUUUUAGUUAUGUAUUUAAAUAAUAAGUUCUUCUCCUUCCUUGUGUGACCUCCUAUGUCGGAGAGGGCACACAUUGAUGUAUAGAUACUAUACAGAUAAAUAUAGAGAGGAAAAGGGGAGCGAGAGAAGAGGGGAUUAACCUGAAAACUUUCUGACAGAAUUCUCAGUUCAUUACACAACACUACAGUAUUAGGGUCCAUAGAUCUACAGGUAUUUGCUUAUUACAUUAUUUAUGGUAUCUUUACUGCAGAAUGUAUUAAAGUUAUGAAAAAGGCAUAUACAGUAUUCAUAUUUUUUAAUUGACACAGUAUUUUUAUAAUGGAUUGCAAAUUCUGUCAGCCUCUGGCAGUGCUGUUCAGUGUUUGCUGGGAGUGGGUGGUUCUUUACUGUAUUCUUUACAACAUAAAGUGCAAAGAAGUCACUCCAUUUGUGUCACUCAGCCCUUCCACUGUUUCUUACCAGUUCAUGUUAGUUAAGUAUCUUUACUACUGUUCCUCUUUGUGGGGGAAUUAAUGUUAGUUUUUCACUAUACAGUAUGGAAGGUUUAUAAGACCCAGAAUUAUUUUACUUAUUAUUUUCAGUAUUGACUCAAGGGGCUUCAUAUCCAUUCUAAAAUAAAAACAAUAAAACUGAACAGCAUUGUGUAGGUAAUCUAACAAGAGCAAGAUAUACUUGUAAUGUAACCUAUGAACUUGUUACCUAAGCUAACCUAACCUAACUAGGAACUUUUGUCACCUCAGCUGACCUAACCUAUGAACUUUUGUGACCUAAGCUAACCAAACUUAAAGGAUGAGUAGCAACUCUGAGGGUCCAUUGGUUUGUUUGAUGGUUCAAUUUGAUUGGGGGUUCACUUGGGAUAAAUUGGUGUUUCGGUUUGGGUUUGAGUGUUUCACACAGUUCAGGUGAGAGGUGUGUGUGUGUAGUAGAAGUCAUGCAGCAUUUGUGAAUGAGACAGCAGCGGUCGCCCUUGCUGGUGGAGGGUGUGUGUUCUUGCUGUACAGUAUUUGCUCGGCCUCGUUGAGUAAUACUGUAGUUGUGUCUUCAGUGUAAUAUUAGGAUUUUGGUCAUAGUACAGUAUAUUAUUACAUUCAAUGGUCAUAAUUAAUGAUGUUAUGUAUUACGGAGAUUAGGUUGGGUAGGGUUAGGUUAGUGAGAUAAGGUUUGGUUAGGUAGGUUCAUUUAGGCUUGGUUAGGGUAGAUGAGGUUAGGUUAGGUAGAAUAUGUUCGGUGUUUUAGGUUAGGUAGAAUAGGGUAGAUAGAUUUGUUUGGAACAUUUUAAGCCCAGUAGUUACAAGAUCACUGCAACCAGGAAGGAAGGUUAACCUCCCAAAAAAGAAAAAAAUCAAGGUUAGGUUAGGUUAGGUUAGCAUUAAGGUGAUUAAUCUUCAGGUUAAAUAAGAUUGGAGGCGAGCGCUCGGGUGAUCCAUGUGUCAUCUACUAUUGUAUUUAUGUUUGAUCAUCAGUACAGUGAACGGGGCAAAAUAAGAGAUUAACUUUCUAAAAACAUUUACUGUUCACAAGACAUCAAAUAUGAAGUGUGACGUAUAUACUGUACUGUAGUACCAAAAUAUCCCUUACACAAGCCUACCUUAUCUUUAGUAGCUUCCUGUCAGUGUUAGAUAAAGGACACAUUUUCUCUCAUUAGUGUCCUGGUUUCAAUCUCUAUCCGAGAACAGAUAUGAGAAGAGUGAUAAUCCGGUGACAAUACCAAGUAAGAUGUCACACUAUUAAUCUGCAUGAAAUGGUUAUGUGAGGUCCCACACAAGAGAAGAUGACCAAGGCUAAAGAAGUGAAGACCAAGAUGGGUGGCCAGGAGGGAGCCUGGGCAGCCGCAGGGUUUGCAGUAGUGCUGGUGUUGGUGGGGCUGCCCGUGUGGUGGUACACGACGACUGUCUACCGCACCCAGUUACCGUAUUCCACCAUAGAGAAUCUGUCCGGUCAACUGCGUUAUCAUGCUGUAGGGAUGAAAAUCGUGGGUGUGACCAAGCAUAUGUUUGCAGACGAUUUAGAAAAGAAUCUUCAAUCAGUGCAAGGUGUCAAGUUCCACAUAUCACAAAGAUUACCUACAAAGAGAGAAUUAGGACUGAUAAAAACAGUCGACUCAUUAGCAGAGCUUGACACCGAAAUCCCCAAAGAAAUAUACGUCGCUUCCGGGACCUUGGCCUUGGUCGUCCUCCAUCAAGAAAAGCUGUUCGGGAGUAACAAUGUGGAUGUGAUUGUUGGACGACACCGAGUGGUAUAUAUUAGGCAAAAUGUGGACUUGCAGCUGCUGGCUAUGGUGAUCAAAAGCAUGGUGGUAGACCCCCUGGCCAUCAAGCGAGCCCACGGCACCAAGCUUCUCCACCAGCUGCCCGGACAACACAAGGAGGCCAUGAGACAGGUACCGACAGAGCCGGGGUAUGACGUGACCUUGACGCUGAUGGUACCCGAGCCACACCGCACGAGGAUUGACUGGGAUGUUGAGACGGCAGUUAAUGAUUACUUGGCCCCAGUGGUGAAACAACUCGAGCAAGUGACCAAGUUAAUCGUCAGGUCACAGGUGCUUUACAUGACCAGCCUCAGUGUGUCUCCGCAGUGGUCGGCCUCACACGAACACUAUGCCCUACCCCAGGACCAGCUGCCUCUUACUAUCAACGCUAUCGAGGCCAAGUUAGGGUCGUUUGUAUGGACGAGGCCAUCAUUACAUUUCGUGAUCUAUAUCCCCCGAGAGAAACAGUUACCCCUGCAGAUACACUCGGCAGAUGGCAAACCACUUGAGACUAACAGCUUCCUGGUACCACGAUGGGGAGGUGUGAUGAUCCACAACAUACCUCCAGCUGAGAAGAACACAACUGGUACUCGCCACGUGACGCUUGAUUCUCACCUGGUCAUGACUACGGCGCUCACUCACCUUUAUAGACUAUUGCCGGUGCCGUCGGUGAAAGAAAUGGGGAAAGUGAUGGUACUCCCCUCCGAGAACACUUCCCUGCUGAGUGAGUGGCAACUGGAUGGCUUAGCUCGAGCCAGAGUCUCCUCGUACUUGUCCAACAUUCGCAUCACAUUGCAAUCGCUGUGUGAACUCGUCGGAGAGAUCAGCAACAUGGUGAUCAGUGAUGAAGUAGGAGGAUGGGUGUGGGGAGCUGUGGAGGAGUGGGGGGAGUGUGGUCAAGCUGCCAGAGAAGGAAGACUACAGGAGGCAACUCUCUACUGUACUCAAUCCUUCACCCAAGCUGAUGCCGCAUUCUUCCAUCCCUCCAUGUUGGCUUUGUUGUACUUCCCUGACAACCAAAAGUAUGCCAUAUAUGUUCCUCUGUUUCUGCCUGUGAGUAUACCAGUCAUCCUGUCCCUGAAGAUGGUGAUGAGUUUAUACUGGAGAUCAUCAGGAAGGAAGGAGAAGGUGGAGUAGUUUGUGAUCGACAACUUUUUAUUUUAUAAAUACCUGUAUCAAGAAACAUCACUGUAUUAUGAUGGAUAGGUAAAGUGUGUGGGUGUUUGUUUAGUUGGACCUGAUUAAGAUUACUGUUUCAGUUUUGGAAGAAAAUUAUGUCAAAGUACGACUUUUUUUUCUUUUUUUCAGUUUGGCUUCUUCAUUACACAUGAUUGGGUGUUUUACAUGAAAUACAAGAAUGGGUUUUCUGUCUUACUUGUAAACUUACUGCUGUAGAUACUAUUUUACAAUUGCUAUGUAUAAACCAACUUAAUUUUUACACCUGUAUUAUCUUUGAGGUUCUGUUUAUAAAGCAGCUUUGUCUAUACUCCCAUCUAUAGAUAAAUUACUCGAGGUAUUACAGUAAAACCUUCCAUUUAACAGGCAUAGUCUGUUAUAUGGAGGUUCACAUCUGAUGGGUUAUACUCUCCCAUAUACAGUAGUCUGUCAAAUAUGUCUCACUGUAUUGGAUCGAAUAUGAGUGACCAUUUUUAGAUAUGCUCAGCACCAGUCAACAAGUACAGUAUAUUGAUAGGUUAAGUAACUGUGUGUUGAAGGUAAAGGUCAGGUGUGAAGAUGUUCGUCACACAGCCAGGUGUUGAUGAAUUUCAGAAUGAUCACUGUGACUCUUGAUGCCUUGGUAGGGUUGCUGAAAUCCAUCAUCCGUUGUCCUUUUUUUCAACGCAAUAUUGUAUCCAUAGGUUUUUAAGUGACUGUACAUAUACUGUAGUGUGCUCUGUUACAUAAACAUUGUUGUGUCAUAUUGAAGUAGGAACUUAGUACUAAAGUUUCAACACAAUUCCCACAUAUUGUAUCAAUUAAAAACAAAUAUUACUCAUUGAUUUUACUGUAACAUUAGCGACAUAAUAUCGUAUCUUUUUUAUUAUUAUUAUUUUUUUUAAAUCUGUCCACUUUUGACAUUAUUUAAGAAUAUUGCAAAAAAUUUCAUGCUACACCAGUCAGCUCUAUGAAUAUCAAUUCUAAAUAAUUGCCACAUUCUGAAAAAUAUUUUUUGUAUACUCUGACAUCAGCAUUCCACUCUAGUAUUAUUACAUUAUUUUCUUAUAAUUUCUUCUUCUAUAUUUUGUGGUAGCGUGAUGAAUGGCACCGAUGACGUCUCUGUACUGUAAAGGAUUAAUAUUUGUUUGUUUCUGUGUGUCAGUCAGAACACUUUAUGUAGUUUUGGUGUGUGUCCACUGACUGGGUCCUGGCAGUACAGUAUUUUGUGGCUCAAGUUCAUAUGAUAAUGUUGGGUUAAGACAUUUACUGCUAAAAAUAUUUAUCUCAAGAGGCUGAUUUUGUAAGUCCCUUAAAAACAAAUCAUUCCUCAGUAAGGGAAUUAUUUAAGUUACUUCUAUUUUAUUGUUUUAUACAGAUGGUCCAUUGUGUACAGGCAUCUCACUUUGCUGAAUAAAAUCGUAUGAUGUUAGCCAAAUAAAACAAUCAAAAGUGGCAUCCCCAUAGUGGGGAUUAGUGGAGAUAGUCUGCUAACCCUUUGUGUAUAGGGUUCUCUCUGUAGACCAGUGACGAAAGAUCUUGUCCCACCUCAACCCCUUGCCAGUCUAAAACUAUCUUGAGCACAAUAGUUUGAACUGCUGGAGGUUACAUGACAUAAAAUACUGUGGCAGGGAGUUGUAGUGAUCUUGUGUGAAGUAUAAAUGACUUUAGUAGGUAAAAGUUAUGAAAAAAUGGAGCUUUAAACAGGAAAAAGCUUGGGUAGUAGGGAGUUUAGCUUGUCAGAACACCCGACUGCAAGUAUUUAUGGAUUAAGACCAACGAUAUUUUCCUGUGAGUGAACGGUGCUGGAAAUUUUCUGGUAUGGUCAGUGUUGUAGUGUGUAGUGAUGGUUUUUAAUGUAUAAUGUACUAUGACAUUGUUAAGUCAUCUUGAUUUUUUUCUUUGUACACUACUACUAAAAGCUUUUCAAGUAAAAUUUUUACAAUAUA